CGAACAGCUAAUUCAGUAUUAUAAAGAAGAGUGAAAUAUGGGUGUGCUAGUCAUAUUGCUAUUUAUUUCUGCAAGCGUUUUGGUAGAAGCAUGUACAUCGGUCCCAAAGGUCGAAAAUCGUGGAAUCGAAAUCAACAUAGACGUAACUGAUGAUGACAGAAACUUUAUUCGUUCUAUUGUCACCGAAAUACAAAGACUAAUUGAAGAAAAGAGGAAGGAAUUUUUUAAAGCCAACAAAGCAGAAGAUGAGGAAGUCCCGUCUGAUGAAGAGGAAUUUCAAGAAAACCUGGACGAUGAAAACUUUUCUUCGACCUUAAUAGAAACGGAGUUAAGCGGGUCAACCGAAGCACCUCCACCAACAACCACAACAGAUUAUGAUAACGUUAUACCAAAAUAAGCGAUGAGAACUGGCUUUCUUUUAUAUUCGAUUUUAACUCAUGAAGUUAAAGGCUCAGUGUCAAAAAAUAAAGAAAUAUUAACUAAUUAAAAGGUA